CCUUGUGGGCUUUUAGAUUCUGGAAUGAGAGCUCCAAAUCCAAGGAGAAAAAGUAGAGGCAGGAAGAGAAGACAAAUGGUCAGAAAAGAAAUUGCAAAGAAGCAACUUAGAGCCACCAUUUUACCUUAAAUAACAGCUUGUUCCAUCUUAUUUGAGACAGCUCUCAAUACUUUGUGCCCCUGAGAAUAUCACCAGACAGUCCAACUAGUUCUUCACAGAAAUCCCUUCACCUUCCUCAAGGCUCCAAAAGGAUAUAAAACCAGAGAAAGAAUGUAGCCAGAGCAGCUGUGGUGAAACGAGCUCCUUUCCUGUCCUCAGAGGGCCAGGAUACUUUGAUACUGAUGAGGAGUUUGCUUAUAUAUGUAGCCAACCCCACAGAGAUUGGCAGACAGAAACAGAAAGAAGGAAGCAGAAAGGAGAAAAGGUAAGAGAGACAAGAAGAGAGAAGCAGAGAGAGAGGAGCCAAGGAACCUCCUAAAAGAAUUGUAACACAGGUCAAGGGCUGUAAUACCAAAGAAGUACAGCCAGGGUGCUCCUUGGAAGUGAGGAUGGCGAGACUACGUCUCACAUACUUUGGACAUGUUAUCAGGAGAGACCAAUCCCUGGAGAAGGGCAGCAUGCUUGCUAAGGUAGAGGGUCUGCAAAAAAGAGGAAGACCCUCAAUAUUGUUACUAUUACUUCCCUAAUGAGCCCCAUAACUUUGAGUUUUGUCUGUGAGCUCUGCAUCGCCAUUGCAAUAAGUUACCGAACCCAGCCUAGAAGUAGAGAGUGCUGUGGAAGGGACAGUUGGUGUUAGAAUUGGUAGACAGUGGAGAGAGGAGGCAUGUCUGACUUCUGCCUCAUAGGAAUCAGCCUUGGGCUACUGAUCUUGAUUCUCCUUCCCCUCUGUGAAGUUAGAGGAGGUCAGACAGCUGCCACACAAUUUUUACAGCUUCUUUCCUAAAGAUUGCUAUCGUUGUUGCUAAAAAAAAAAAAAAAAAAAAAGUUGCGGUCGAGUUCGACUCAUAGUGACCCUACAGGACAGAGUAGAACUGCCCUAUAGUGCUUCCAAGGAGCACCUGGUGGAUUCCAACUACCGACCUUUUGGUUUUGCAGCCCUAUCUCUUAACCACUACGCCACCAGGUACGGUAAAAACGGCGUGAGGGGAUACAAGGGUAGGAGUGUCAGUGAGAAGAGCGCUCCACCCCGUGUAUGUAGAAGGGACCUCAGGGUGGAGGGAUUGAAAAUGUGGGGAAAGCUCAAGGGAGAAAGCUGAGGGCCAGGGCAUCCCAAGGGUCUCCUGGAGGGGGAGAGAAAUGGGAGUGCUGGAGAACAGCUGUGGGCUGGGGAGGCCCUGAAGGCUGAAUUUUGGAACUUCGAUGGUCCAAGGUCUGUGGGGGGCAGCGAAAGGGACAGGUAGGUCCUAAUGGGGAGGGGAUGUGGCAAUGGGGCUCCCAGGGACCAAGGAGACCCCCGAACGGAUGCCCGCUCAGCCCUGUCCUCUUUCUCCUCUGCAAGCUCCACAGGGCAUGUCCAGGUGCGGGCUGGGUCUCCCCAAAGACACCGUUGCCACCCCGAAGGAGCGCAGAACCGCUACACCGCCAGAGGCCGCCGCAAAACGACUGUUAAAGCCCCCAAGAACUCGCCAAUCCGGGCGCGGAAAGGAGCUAGCCAAUCAGAGAACGAGGGUGAGGCGCAAGCUCAGUCAAAGAGCGAGGGUGCUGGCUUGGGGCCCCGCCUUCCCAGGGCGGGGACUUGGCGUCUCGAACGAAUCAUCGCCUGAGUUCCCGGGCGAAUUGGAAGCCUAGCUGCUAAAGGACAUUUCCUUAGCGACACAAGAUCCCGCCUCCUGUAUCCUAGCAUCGGGGAAGGGCCAAGUACGUGGUAAGUGAAGCGUUCCGAUACCUGGUUUCCAAGUGGAGUCUGACACUGAUUGCCCAGAUAGGAAAAGCAAUAACAAAACAAAACUAGAACCUAUCUCUCACGCCGGAAUUGAGCGCUGAGAGCUAUCUGGGACAUAAAUGAAGACUCAGCAGCUUGGUCAAGGUCACACGCUUAAAACAGUAAAGAUUGCUGUCGUUGUUAGAAGUCCAGUCAAUUAGGACUCAUGGCGACCACAGGUGUGCAGCGUUGAACUGCUCCAUAGGGUUUUCAAGGCUAUGACCUUUCGGAAGCGAAUUGCCAUGUCUGUCUCCCGAGGUGCCCCUAAAUGGAUUCAAAUACCAACCUUUGAGUUAGUAGUCCAGGUUUUAACCGUUUAGGCCACCCAGGGACUGACUCCCUGUAAAGAUCACAGCCAAGAAAACCCUGUAGCAGCUCUGUCUAUAAUACCUGGGUCACCAUGAGUCCGAAUCGACGACAGCAACGGGGUUUUGUUUGUUUGUUUUAUUCUUAUAGGAAAUGUGUUAUUUAUGUACUGCCUGGUUCCCUCACAAGCAUGAAAGUUUUAUGAGUAUAAGGGCUGCAUCUACUGAGAACUACGACUGGAUCCCCAGUGCCCAGCCAGGCCAUAGCAGGCACUGAGUAAAUAUUACUUAAAUAAAUGGAUGUAAGAAUGACUAUUACGAGGCUCACAACAAGAAGAAUGACAAUUGCUGUCAAUAAAAUACUACCACAACUACCAAGAAAAAUAAAUAGCUCUCGUUUUAUUGAGAUUACCUGUAGUCCAGAUUUUUGUGCCUUCACACAUGCCAUAUCGUUUAAACCUCACAAGAUUCUGGAAGGUAAUAUUAGCCCAAUUUCUCAGAUAGGGAAACUGAGGCACAAGACUAGAAGGAUCUAAGACCACAAAGAAAGAGUCUAGAAUGAAAUCCAGACUCUAAAACUCCCAGUCCAGCCACUACCCCUCUGUCCUGGGAGUGUCCAAAUGUCCAAGUUUCUUUGCCUAAAUGUCCUUGUAACCCUAAAGAAAGAUGCUCUGGAGAUAAACACGAUGAGCCCCCACUGAGGGCACACCAGGAAUACAAAGCAAGAGGAAGAAGGGUUUGGCGCCCGGACUCCUGGGUCUGAGGAGGAGGGGCUUUUUCCCCAGAAAAGUGAGUGUGAGGAUUUAGAUCCCAGGACUCAGGACCGAGGCUGAGAUCCCCGCCCCUCCACGUAUUUAGGCUCUGCGCACUCCGCAAGCCACGCCCCAUUUAUAACUCGCGCCAAAGCCCCGCCCACUUUCUUCCCAGACCCCUCCGUCGCCUUCCUGCGCACUUCAGGGUUCUAGGCGAAGGUACUAGAAGAGACUUCGGAGAACCCUGAGAAGAUGGAACAGCAAAAGCAAGGGGCUGGGCCCCAGGGGAACGACCUGUCCCCGCCAUCACCUGGGACUGAAUCGGUGUCCCCUGCACCCUUUCCAACACUGCCACCCUCACUCCUGGGCGCCCCAGACCCAACCCACCUGGGGCUCCCCGAGAGCCUGGCCUCUGUCACUGUUCCCAUCCGGCUGGAUGCUCUCUCCUACCUCCUGCACAGUGCCUUGCUGGGGGCCUACACCUUUCAACAGUCCCUGCCCUCCUGCCCCUGCUCCUCUGAGGCCUGCUGCACCCAGCCGGGCCCAGCCAAGAGGACAGCCAGGGGGCGUGGGGGUUGGGAAGUCCAGCGAAGGCCAGGCCGGGGUCAGAGCCAGCAGCAAUGGGGACGUGGGAGAGCUGAGCAGCCCAAGAGGAGCUGGGCGCGGGGCUCUGAGGCUGGCCCUAAGACCCCGCUGAUGAUGCCACCACCACCGCUGCCACCACCACCACCUGCCCAGGAUGGGAAGAAGGAAGCCCAAGGUCCAGAGCCACCCCUGGACAUGCGACCUGCUGCUGAGGACUGGGAGUCUGAAUACUAGGACUUGGAAGGUCCAACACCCCGACCCCUGAGACAGCCUCUCCUG